GAACAGACAUACUCGCUGCCUUUCUUAUUUAUCAUUCGGCCGCCCCACUCCACCGCUUGAUUUGGAAUUAAUAGAUUUUCAUCCUGCUAACUUAGAGCAUUACCCACAUCUUCAAUUCUUGGUGGCUGAGUAUUUUCUAAUGGCAGAAAAUUUGGAUAAGGAGAAGAACAUACUCAAAAGCCAAGCCCUUUUGGAAUACAUACUCGAGAAAAACGCUUAUCCAAGAGAACAUGAACAAUUGAAGGGAUUGAGAGAAGCCACCGUCAAGAAAUAUAACGAACAUGCGAUAUUGGGUGUGCCAGCAGAUGAAGGGCUGCUCUUAUCAAUGUUUCUGAAAGUUAUGAAUGCAAAAAAUACACUGGAAGUUGGAGUCUUCACUGGCUACUCUCUUCUUGCGACAGCUCUUGCGUUACCUGCUGAUGGCAAAGUAACAGCCAUUGAUAUAGAUAGAGAAGCCUAUGAGGUGGGAUUGCCGUUCAUUAGGGCAGCUGGUGUAGAACAUAAAAUUAACUUCAUUCAAUCAGACGGCGUCGCUGCCCUAAACGAGCUCGUUAACAAUGGAGAAAAUGAAGGUGCAUUUGAUUUUGCAUUUAUGGAUGCUAAAAAAGAGGACUACAUAAAAUAUUUUGAGGCACUUUUGAAACUUGUAAAGGUUGGUGGAGUAAUAGCAUUCGACAACACCCUAUGGUAUGGUUCAGUGGCAGAGGCUGAUGAGAAAUUUAGCAGCUUUACUAGGGAAAUCAAAAAACAUGUGUUGAAGAUAAAUGAGAUUCUAGCCAACGAUCCUCGUAUUGAAUCCUCUCUAGUUUCAAUUGGGGAUGGAGUUACCUUCUGCAGGCGUCUUUAUUAGCCAAAAAACAAGGUUCAUCUCUGUUUGAAUAUGUUUGGUAUAAGAGGGUCUAGCUUUCUAUUUGCAAUAAAAUAGCCUAAAAUAUGAACCAUGUGUUCAGACUGUAUAUAAUAUAUGAUGUGAAAAUGUGAACUCCUGUAAAUCGUCUUCUACUCACCUUAUCAUUAAUUGGUAUUAAUGAAGUUAUGGUUGUUUUUUUUAAAAAAAAAAAAUAUAUAUAUAUAUAUAUAUAUAUAUGUCAUUUUUUUUAAUGAUGUUGGGAUGGGAAUGAGGAUGAGGAUGGAAGAAUUUCACAUUCUGAAUUUUAUUUUAAAAAAAGGUUACUAUUGAUAGAUAUGGAAUUUGCACUUAAUGGUGGAUGACUUUACAAAUUUUUAUCCCUAUUAAAUAGACACUGUGAUAGUUUCUUCAAUUAUAUUUUUCUUUCAAGAAAUAGGGUAUUGGCUUGGCUUUCAAACUAGUUAUAUGUCUUAUUUUGUCUGCUUGUAUAUUCUUAUCGCACUGUAUAUAAUAUCUGUUAUAUUUUGGGGCAAAAAUUUGAAUGAUUUGUAAAUAGGCUUUGAGCCUUUGCUUUUGGUUUUUGUCUCCUAUGGUUAAUGGAAAAAUGGUGUUUUAUUUUAAUAAGUAAUUUAAAUAUUUUUUGUAAGUAGAGGUUGAGAGUUUUAAGGAAAUAAAAACUCUGGGAUAAGUGGUGGAAGAGGAUACGUUUUUUCAACAUUCUUUUCAACGUAUUUUUCAGUUUAGAAAACAGGGAAAAAAAAAAUUUUCUGCAGUUCUUUACGUGAAAAACAGAGAGAAAAUAACAGUGAUUUUGAUACAGUGGUAAAAAAAAGGUACACUGAUAGUUUGACGAGAAAAGCUUCAGAGGUGCUGAAUCUGAAAGCUUUUGUAGCCGUUGUAUCCUGGGAGACGAUCGUCAGAAAACGUUUGCACCGGUGGAGCGGAAAUCGUCUUAAGAAGACUGUGGUACUACACAGACCUCGGUUAGAUUUUUAGAAAUCAGAUCUACUAAGGAAAUACAGGUUUUAAUUAUUUUAAUUAUUUUAUGUAAUUUUAUUUAUUUUAUAUUAAUAUUUCCACAUGUGUCUACGUAUAUAUAUUCAUACAUUAUUUCAACAAUCUUAAGACGAUUUCAAAAAUUUAUAUAUGUAUAUAUAUAUGGAGAUUUGAUCUA